AUGUAUGAAUUAGUUCGUGUUGGAUUUCUUCGUCUUGUUGGAGAAAUCAUCAAAUUAGAGGGAGAUAGUGCAUAUAUACAAGUCUAUGAAGAAACAGCUGGUUUAUCUGUUGGUGAUCCUGUUAUUAAGACAGGACAUCCUCUUUGUGUUCGUCUAGGACCAGGUUUAUUAGAUGGUAUAUUUGAUGGUAUACAGCGACCAUUAGAGAAAGUAGCAAAAGAAUCAUUAUCUGUAUUUAUACCUAAAGGUUGUGAUUCUUCUCCUCUUAAUUCUUAUUAUAAAUGGACAUUUUAUCCAUCUAAUCUAAUUAAACAAGGAGAUAUUAUUACUGGGGAGUAUAAUAUAACAGAGACAAUAGCUCAAUUAGAGUAUCAAGGGGAGACAAUAGAUCUACAUUUAUGUCAUGAUUGGCCAGUAAGAGAGCCAAGACCUUGCCUAGAAAAAUUAGCAGGAAAUACACCUUUAUUAACAGGACAAAGAGUACUAGAUUGUCUAUUUCCUACUGUACAGGGAGGGACAUGCGCAAUUCCUGGUGCAUUUGGAUGCGGGAAGACAUGUAUCUCCCAAGCUCUAUCUAAAUACAGUAAUAGUGAGGUAAUUGUAUACGUAGGAUGCGGAGAAAGAGGGAACGAAAUGGCGGAAGUUUUGGCGGAUUUUCCUGAAUUAACUACCAUGGUUGAUG